AUGCAACAGCACCUGAUGCAGAUGCAGCCCAUGAUGGCUGGUUACUACCCCAGCAAUGUCACCUCUGAUCAUAUCCAGCAGUACUUGGACGAGAACAAAUCGUUGAUUCUGAAGAUAGUUGAGUCUCAAAACUCGGGAAAGCUCAGCGAGUGCGCCGAGAAUCAGGCAAGGCUUCAGCGAAACCUAAUGUACUUAGCUGCAAUUGCAGACUCUCAGCCUCAACCUCCAAGUGUGCAUAGCCAGGGAGAGGCAGGCGUGUUUCAUGAUUUUGGCCGUGGGAAGCCGGAAAUUGGAAGUGGUGAAGGCAGAGGAGGAAGCUCAGGCGAUGGUGGAGAAACCCUUUACUUGAAAUCAUCAGAUGAUGGGAAUUGA